GAUGAUAAGAUUUGAUUCUGCAGUAUUGCAUCAAGAUGUGUAAAAUGUUAAUCCAAUUUUCGACUUUUUUAAAUAAACCAAGUCUAAAAGUACUAGCCGUUAAUUAAGGAAUAAACUAUAAAGAAAAUAGAGUUAAAUAAUAAGUAAGUCACCACAUCUUCAGAGUAAUAGAGUAUACAUACAUGCUAUGUGAUGUCUGGUCUAAAUCAUGUACAAAGAGUUCGUUUAUUGUAUAAAACUAUUUUAAGGCUGCACCGAGGCUUACCAAAUGAAUUACAAGAACUAGGUCAAGCAUAUGUGCGUGAUGAAUUCCGUAGACAUAAAAACUGUAAUCCUAAAGAAACUCAAAUAUUCAUGCUGGAAUGGAGUAAAUACACAUUGACACUAUCAGAGCAGCUUUUAAAGAAUGCAAAAUCAAAUAUUGGUUUUGGUAAAAAUAUUGAUAAAGAUGAUGGUGUAUUAGACUCUUUCACAGAUGAUCAAAUUGUACAACUUUAUAAUUUAUUCAAGGAAACAACUGGAACCGUGGACAAAACUAUUGAAUCUGAGCUUUCAAAAUAAUUUAAUUAGACUAUAUUAUAUACCUAAUAUAAUAUGUACCUAACACCUAUAGAAAUAUAUAUUUAUGUUACUACUGUGUAACUUUGUUAGUUUUAAAUAGAAUAUUGUUGUUACUGCAUGUAUUUUUUUAAUGUGUUGAAUAAUCAAAUUAUAUAAGCACAAUAUACUUUUAACAUACAAUAUACAUAUUAUAAUGUAUAAAUUAAUUGUAUUUAUCUCAAUUAAAAAUAAAAAAUAUUCUAAUGUAAAUGGUUCUCUUUUAAUCAAAAAGUAUCUUGUAUAAUUAUGGGUGAUUAAAUAACAAGAAAUGAUUUUAA